AUGGCCACAAAUUUUGCUUCAAGGUCCAUUCUCUUCUCCCAUUCCACCAAGCUCUUCAUCCUUCCUUUCAAACCUCCUUCUUCCCACCUUUCAUGUUCCCUCCCUCUCCGUUUCACAAGAACAAUCUGCACUCUCCAACAUCUACAACACAAACAACCUCAAACUUCUCGAACUGUCAUCGGAAUCCUCGAAGAAAGAGGCUUACUCGACUCCAUAACCAACGAUGCUCUCAGAAGCAUUUCAUCAAACACCAUCAACGCACCCCUCAAAGUCUACUGCGGGUUCGACCCUACUGCCGAGAGCUUGCACUUGGGCAACCUUUUGGGUCUCAUUGUUCUCUCUUGGUUCCGUCGUUCGGGACAUAAUGUCGUUGCUGUGAUCGGCGGGGCCACCGCGCGUGUCGGCGACCCAUCUGGGAAAAGCCUUGAAAGACCAGAGCUUGAUGUUGAAACUUUGGAGAGGAACACUGCAGGUAUUGAGAACACCAUUAGAACAAUCUUGGGUCGUGCUAAAAAUCCUAACUUUGAAGAUUCGAAUGUGAAUGGUAAUGAUUCUUCUGUUGUGGUUUUGAAUAAUUAUGAUUGGUGGAAAGAGUUUAGUUUCUUGGAUUUUCUGAAAAGGGUUGGGAAGUAUGCUAGAGUAGGUUCAAUGAUGGCUAAGGAGAGUGUUAAGAAGAGAAUGAGGGUGGAAGGUGCUACUGCAACCUAUGGUUUGACAUUUCCUCUUUUGUUGAAAAGUGAUGAUGAUGAUGUUAUUAGGUUUUUGAAAGUUCUUACCUUUUUGGAUAUUGAUGAGAUAAUUAAGUUGGAGGAAGAGACGAAGAAACCUGGAUAUGUGCCUAAUACUGCUCAGCGGAGGCUUGCUGAAGAAGUUACCCGAUUUGUUCAUGGGGAAGAUGGUUUGAGAGAAGCUCGUAGAGCAACUGAAGCAUUGAAGCCAGGAUCUGAGACAAAGUUGGAUUGGAAAACUAUCGAGGGGAUUGCGGAGGAUGUUCCGUCUUGUUCUUUAGCUUAUGAUGAGGUUUUGAAUCAGUCUUUGGUUGAUCUUUCAGUUUCGUCUGGUUUGUUUGACAGCAAAUCUGCUGCGCGCCGGUUGUUAAAACAAGGAGGUCUGUACUUGAAUAACAGCAGAGUAGAUAGUGAAAAUAAGAGAAUUGAAGAAGCCGAUAUAGUGGAUGGUAAAGUUCUCCUUUUAUCUGCAGGAAAAAAGAAUAAGGUACUGGUACGAAUAGCGUGA